AUGAGCUGGGAGGUCGCCGCAGGGAUUAUGGAAAAUUAUGUCACUGCAUUCCAGGCUAUAGUCACAAUCGCGCAUCUCAAAGAAGGAGAAACCAUCCUCAUCCACACUGGAGCAUCCGGUGUUGGGACGGCAGCCCUUCAACUAGCAAAAUUCUUGAAAGCUAAACAUAUCUUCACAACCGCAUCUUCCGACUCAAAACUCCAGUUCUUGCACAAACUCAUUCCUGAUGAUGGCCUUUUGCACACU